AUGUCCGGACGACAGGGUGGCAAAGUCAAGCCGCUGAAGGCGCCAAAGAAGGAGAAGAAGGAACUAGAUGAAGAUGAUCUCGCUUUCAAGGAGAAGCAGAAGAAAGAGCAAGCCGAGUUAAAGGCAGCAGCUCAGAAAGCUUCUCAGAAAGGUCCGAUGGGAGGUGCAGGCAUCAAAAAAUCUGCCGGGAAGAAGUAG